AUUAUACAUUUUUCAAAAUGACACUCGCUCGAUGAAUCAAAAUUUUCAAUUAUGCAUUUUAUUCAUCGACUGAAAAAUUUUCAAUUUGUUGUCUUUGAACACAUAGCUACAUAAAUGAACUGCAUACAGCUCGUGUAUCUCGAAAAAGUUGCAUUUUUCAAAAAAGAUGCGUAUGGUGGUAAUUACCGUUAUGCAAACGAAGAAUAAUUAAUUCAAUCCGUGCGCGAUAAGAAUCUAGUUCAAGGCUCUCAUAAUGUUUUAAAAUAUGACAGAGGAAUCGCAAAUUGCUCGGUUUUACGCAUUCAAAAAAAUCCUGAUCACUGGAGCAACGGGAUUCAUGGGAAAAGUGUUGGUAUGGAAAUUACUACACAGUUGCCCUCAGUUGGAUACGAUUUUUGUGCUGAUGCGAUCAAAAUAUGGAAUAACAUCGAUGUCUCGUAGAGCAGAAUUUUUCAACUCGCCGGUUUUCGAAAAUUUCAAAAAAAAUAAUCCUAAAAUAUUCGAAAAAGUGGUACUUAUAGCCGGAGAUGUAGGAGAAGACGGCGUAGGAUUAUCGGACAAAGAUCGAGAUAUGCUGAUUGACGAAAUAUCGAUUGUAUUUCAUAGUGCAGCCAUUUUAAAAAUGAACUCAGAUUUACGAACAGCAAUUAAUGUCAAUACCGUCGGAACAGUAAGAAUGCUCGAAUUGGCGCAACAGAUGAAGAAACUCCAGUCGUUCGUUUGCAUAUCUACUGCAUAUUGUUGUUGUGAGAAUACAACAGUGGAAGAAAAAAUGUAUCCUUCAAGAUAUAACCCGGAAAUGAUUAUGAGUCUCGUUCAAUGGAUGGAACCAAAGUUGUUGGAUAGCAUUACACCUAGUUUAAUUCAUCCUUUGCCAAACACAUAUACGUUUAGUAAACGAAUAACCGAAUCUCUACUGCAUAAUUACGAGUCCAAAGUUCCGAUAAUUGUAGCCAGGCCGACUAUAGUCGUGUCAUGUUACAAGGAACCACUCCCAGGAUGGACUGAUACUCUAAACGGGCCUACUGGAUUUUACACUGCUGGAGGAAAAGGACUAUUGCGAGUUACAACAAUGAGGUUAGAUAACAAAACUAACAUAAUACCAUGUGAUUUCGCCAUCAACAGUAUUAUAAUUUUACCGUGGGCAAAUUCUCGAGAACAAUUACUGAAAAAAAUCAGCGUGUACAACAUUCCACAAAAUUUUUUCAAUGAUUUAACCUGGCGCGAUAUAUUGCAUCAUUAUAUGGGCGCUUUGGAAAAAUAUCCAGUUAAUGUAGCACUGUGGUAUCCAAAUACUAAUCCAGAUACCAAAAGUAUGUUCGUGUAUACGAUUAAAUGUAUUUUUUUGCAUUACUUACCAGCCUACGUGAUUGAUUUCAUUUUGCUCUUGCUCCGUCAAAAGCAGUUCAUGGUUCGUGCUCACGAUAAACUCCGAGAAGCUGAAAAAAUGUUACGACAUUUCACCGAGAACCAAUGGCGUUUCGAGCACAAUAAAAUACUUCGAUUGGAGGAACUUUUGAAUCCAACUGAUAAGCAACUGUUUCCUGUAAACAUGAAAGAGAUGGGAGAGUUUCAAAAUUACGCAGACGAUUGCGUGGGGUCUGCCAAAUUUCACCUAUUCAAAGAAGACAUGACCCAUCAAACAAGGGCAAAAAUAAUGCUGAAAAUAAUGUAUGCUGUGGAUAAAAUCGUUGUUGUUCUAAGGUAUUAUCUAGUUUGGAAAUUCCUUGCAUUUAUCUUCAUCACGAUUAUGGCCAAUUUCAACUGAAAAGGAGGCUGGUUCAAGAGUAAAUAUACGUUCAAUUCAAAAAACCGUCAACAUCACAAACUCCGAUUCAAAAAAAAUGGGGGGGGGGAUUCAUCUUAAAGCUGAUAUUUGAAGCGAAUUAUGACAUGGCUAGUGUUGAUCGAUUUUCAUUUUGAUACCUAAAAAGUAAAAUAUGAAUAAACCACACCACAAUUUAAUUCAAAAUCAGUUUUUAUCUUUGUUUAAACCAUGGGAACAAACGAGAAGAAAAAAGUAUUUUUGUUCGUUGAAGUAUUUUUCAGUAGCCAAAUAAGAAAACAAAUAAGUAUUCAAAAUGACGUUUGUUGUUUAUGUCUGGCUUUUACAAAACGAACUACAGAGAUUUUCCAUAGUAUGUAUUUAUGUAGAUCGCCUCUGCAUGAGGCAAUUUUUCAAAGAAAUGUCGAUUGUGUUGUACAUGUUCGAUAAUAUUAUACUAGUAAACAUUUUUACGUACAACUGCUUCAUUCCUUUUAACAUAGCACUAAUUUAAUCAAACACGCGGUGACUAUACUCGAUAACAAAUUCGGUAACUCUGUUGUU